CUUCACGGACCUUGACGCGGUGUGAACUUUCAGGUUUCUGUUCCCUCAAACUUCCCUCGAGCGUUCAGGAGGAAUAUUACCGGCUAACGGGCAGUUAACGGGCUGCUGUCGGCCUCCGGUGGUCACUCGGUGUAAGCUCUCUGAGGCCGCGCUGCGUGGAGCGAAAGGCGGACAUCCAGGCGGAGUUUACCCGCAGCGGCAGCCGUGCGAUGGCCCUGCUGCUGCCGGCCUGAGGUCCGUCAGCAUGGAGGACAACGACCGGGUCAACGGGGACCUGAACGCCAACAUGAGGUGCCAGAGCACCGGCGACCCACAGCUGGACAAGGCGGUGCACCAGUGGCUAACCUGGGACCGAAACCGCUGGACUCGGGCUCAGCUGGACUCUCUGAUUGCUGCAGGUCACCUGGAUGAGCUCAGGUCCAGACUCUGCAGCAGGAUGAGCUUCGGUACCGCCGGACUCAGAGCGCCGAUGGGAGCCGGAUUCAACCGGAUCAAUGACCUCACCGUCAUCCAGUCCACACAGGGUUUAUAUUCUCACCUGUGCAGGUAUUUUCCAGACUUGAGCAGCAGAGGUCUGGUUGUUGGUUUCGACACCAGAGGACAGGAGGAGAGCGGCUGCAGCAGUGAGCGUUUGGCGAAGCUAACGGCGGCUGUGAUGCUCAGCAGAGAAGUUUCCGUUCAUCUUUUCUCCUCGUUCGUCCCGACGCCGUACGUGCCUUACGCUGUGAAGAAACUGGGAGCAGCAGCCGGAGUGAUGAUCACUGCUUCACAUAAUCCUAAAGAAGACAACGGAUACAAGGUGUACUGGUCUAAUGGCGCUCAGAUCGCCUCGCCUCAUGACAAGGAGAUCCUUCGCAGCAUUGAGGAGGAGCUGGAGCCCUGGAGCGCCUCCUGCUGGGACGAGGAUCUGGUGGACCACAGCUCCCUGAGGACCGACCCCCUGACCCAGAUCAACAGCUGCUACAUGGACGAACUCGCCUCCCUCUGCUUCCACAGGGAACUGAACAGCAGUUGUCCGCUGAAGUUUGUCCACUCGUCCUUCCAUGGCGUCGGACACGUCUUCAUCCAGCAGGCCUUCCAGGUAUUCGGCUUCGCUCCUCCCAUCCCUGUUCCCGAGCAGAAAGACCCUGACCCCAACUUCUCCUCCGUACGCUGCCCAAACCCAGAGGAGGGAGAGUCCGUCCUGAAGCUUUCUCUUCUUCUGGCAGAGAAGGAGAAUGCUCGGAUCGUUCUGGCAACGGAUCCUGAUGCCGACCGUCUGGCCGUGGCAGAGAAUUCUGACGGGUGUGGUUGGAAGGUGUUCACAGGAAACGAGCUGGCAGCACUGCUAGGUUGGUGGAUGUUCUUUAACUGGAAGGAGAGUCAUCCCGAUCCGGCAGACACUCAAAACGUUCACAUGUUGGCGACCACCGUCUCCUCCAAGAUCCUUCAGGCCUUCGCUCGUAUCGAGGGCUUCCACUUCGAGGAAACCCUUCCUGGGUUUAAAUGGAUCGGGAACAAAAUCCACGAACUCUCCAAAACAGGACAGAGAGUCAUAUUUGCAUUUGAGGAGUCAAUUGGUUUCCUUUGUGGCAGCAUGGUUCCAGAGAAAGACGGCGUGAGCUCAGCGGUGGUCGUGGCUGAAAUGGCUGCUUACCUCCACAACAAGAACCUGAUGCUGAACCAACAGCUGGACAACAUCUACCAGACGUACGGCUACCACGUCUCUAAAACCUCCUACGUCAUCUGUAACGACCCUCCAACCAUCCAGAAAAUCUUCAGUCGCAUCAGAAACUUUGACGGCGACGGUUCCUACCCGAAGACGUGCGGCGGCAUCCAGAUCGUCCACGUUAGAGACGUUACUACGGGAUACGACAGCAGCCGACCCGACCUCAGAUCUGUUCUUCCCGUGUCGAGGAGCAGUCAGAUGAUCACCUUCACUCUGCAGAACGGCGUCGUGGCGACACUGAGGACGAGCGGCACCGAACCAAAGAUUAAAUACUACACCGAGUUCUGCGCCGCGCCGGGGAAAAGUGAGGUCUGUCGGCUGGAGGAGGAGCUUCAGAAGGUCACGGCUGCUCUGUUGGACAAGUUCCUGGAACCCGAGAAGAACAACCUGAUUCGCCGCCUCGUCUAAGCCCCGCCUCCUUGUACCUGCUUCCUGUCAGUGACAUCACAUCCUGUCGUGUCUGUAGACGAAUUAGAGCAACUGUUUCACUCCGCGGAGUCAGACUGAAGAAUUGGUCCAUUUAAAGAUAAUCAGUAGAUCAGUGGUUAGUUUCAGUCUGAGCUACCUGAAUAUUCGCCACCGUGCAGCAGAGCAUGCUGGGAAAACUGUGACGUCCAACCAGAGAGUGAAUCCUCAGUUUCAGGGAACGUUCAAGAAGAAAUAAACUGAAUGAAUGGCUGAAAUUACAAAGACUUUAGGUAAAGUAGUUUAUAUGGAAGUCCACCAACGACAAAAAAAAACAGGCAUAAAACAAAGUGUUUCUGUACGGCAGCCUGUUGGUGCCAAGAUAACACCCAAAAAAAAAGAAAGAAAAAAGCUUUUAAUUUUCCUUUUAGAACUGCAAAUCAAAUUAUUCUAUUUCCUUUCUUUAUCGUAUGUUUUUUUAAAAAGAAACCACAAACAAAUAGCAGCAACAGUCAGCUAAUUAUCGAUUAGCUGGUUGACAGAAAAAUUAAUCUGCAACCGUUUUAAUAAUUUAAUUAUUUUUAAAGAAUAACAUGCAGGUUUGAGGUGGUUUCUUUUGUUGCAAACUGCUGUAAAUUUAAUCGACAGCACCUCAGAUUUGAUGUUGUGACGACUUUUUCUGAUGCUAAGUUCCCAAAUAAUAACAAAACUAAGGAUAACCGAUAUUAAAAUUAAUAAUUAGUUGCAGCACUAAAGAAAGAAACAAAAGAAGUAUCAGAAAUAAGAAGAAAUUAUUCUGUUUCUACAGACUUUUACCACAAAAUCGAAAACAAAACAUCAAAACAGGUAGUGAAGAAAAACAUUUUGCUGCAACGACGUCGAUUGUUUUGCGACAACACAGUAAAUAAUUUGGUUUGAAGUUGCAGAAAUAAACUAAAAAAGGAUCUUAUUAGAAUCAGAGGCUGUGUCUCCAGACUAACGCUAAAUAAAGGUUUAAAAAAAGAAAUUCUGGACCGUGUUAAAGUGAACGUUGGCUCGUAAAAAGCUUUUUCAGUUCCUCAGGAAUCCUCAGAAGCAAAAGAAGAAGUUGAUUUAAAAUAUUCACGUUUUUUUCUUUCAUUAAACACUAAAGAAUUAAACAAGGGAAGACGCAUCAGUGAAACGCGUUUUAUCCGGUUUGAAAUCACUAAAACGUUAAGCGUUCUGUUUUCACGUUAAACCGAGAAUUAAGGGGAUUGUCUGAACGGAGCUCUCUGAUUGGAUGAUUCUUACAGCAGUGCACUCUGGGACUUGUAGUUCUCCUGAAGGUAUUAAUAGACUGGUUAAACAGUUUGUGUUGAUCUUCUCAGGUUUGAAUAUUUUCUGGUUAAAUACGUAAAAAUGAUCAAAUUAGAGCUGAAAACACAAAAUAAAUAAUGAUAAAUAUUGGUUUCAAGUUUUUUUUUCCAAGCAAGAAUCAUGAAUAAUUUGUUUAUCGCUUCUGAUAUGAUGGUGAAGCGAAUCUCUGUGGAUUUUGGUCAUUUUUUUGACCAAAUAUUUGAUUAAUUCGAACCAGAAUAGAUUAAUUGGUAAACAAAAACAGCCCUGAGUUGCAGCUAGAAGUCGUAUAAUCUUGUCCUCACUUGCUGUUUCAAUAAUUGGAACAAAAAUCUGCUUUUGCAGUUCUCAAAUGUGAGUUUUCUUUUGUUCCAUUAAUCUAAAUUUAACAUUUUAGGUUUUUGAGUGCUGUUUGGACUAAUUGAAAACACCUUCUGACGUUUAUGGACCAGAUAAUCAUUGAGAAAUCUUUUUCAGAGAUUUGCUUUAAUGCAGAAAUGCUAAAUUUCUUUUUACAGCUUUUUAUGCAACAUGUUGAGUUUUUUUGGCCCUUUGCCAUAGAAAAAUGUUUUUUUGUGGACAAACAGUUGUCAAAAUAAAAAACAACAGGUUAACUUUCAAGUUUACGAGUUAGUUGCUGCUAUAAAUCGCUUCUUUCAGGCCUCAGUUGUUUACAGAUUUAACCGUCUGAACCACAAACCCGCUGGCGGGUUUGAAAGACAACUUAUCUUUAAAAAAAAAAAAAAAUCAGUAAAAUUACACGAUUUAACAAAGAGUUGUUAUUUUUGAUGGUCCCUGAACUAUAUAUUUGAGACGUGUCAUUUUGUUGGAGGAAAUGGUCCAAAUCUAAGCUUUAAAAUGCAACAUUUCAUCAAGUUCUCGUUUAAAAAUUAAUCAAAAGUAGACCGUUUAUUUAGAUCAGAUUCUAUAAAAUACAAAUAAUUCUGCAGUCCUCAGAGAAAUGGUGAAGCUAUCAGUGACUCAGCUGUGACCGACAGUCAUGUGACAAAAAUUCAGGGAUGUUUCAACUGAACUGCAGGCUGUGUAGUUUUCAUGAAUAUCUAUCGUAUGUAGAAGCACCAACACCGGUGGGCUAAAUAUUAUAGAUGAAUGUUCUUCCUGUUGACUCUAGUUUUGUUUCAGUUUCUGUAAAAUAGAUAUUCAAAUAAAUGCCUGAUGUUUCCAUGGAGGUGCAGGAAAAUGUCCCAGACUUGCUGGGAGUCAAUCAGAUUCUGUCACUUUUGUCAUUGCUGGACUUCCGUACAUGGAGGAAAACAUCCCUUUAACCAAACAGACCGUUUUCUUUCUUUGUGUUUUGAUGUUCAGCCGAAUGUUGCGUGAAAGUUAUUUAUUUUUCUACUCGGAGAGCUGAGAGAAGUUUGUGGAGGAGGAGCUGCUGUUUCUGGUGUCUCAUGUUGUUGUUGUUAAAGACUCACCCGACUCCAUGCGUUUCCUUGAAGAAGCAGGUUUUUUUGCCUUCGGUUUGGUUUUGUAAGCAGACGACAUAGUGAGACCUCCAUUUGUGAAGCUUCAGUGUUAAAAAUACAAACUGCUGUUGAUGUGGUUCUUCAAAGAUCUGAAAUAAAACAGAAGAAAACUUGAGAA